AUGAAAUUUUGUUUGGUUCUUGCUGUGUGCGUCCUGGCCACGCUUACGCCCGCCACACACGCUUUCUUGGGUGCCAAGUUGGCACUUUUGGGAUUAGCUGGAAAUUUAGGCGGUGGUGGUGGAGGGGGCGGCGGCGGCGGCGGUCUUAGUGGCGGAGGUGGUUAUGGCAGCGGCAACUACAAUGGCGGCUUUUAUGGUCAACAAAAUCGCGCUAUUUACAGCGGUGGCUACGGCAACGGCAAUGGCUAUGGCUACGGACGUCAGGCCUACAGCGGCGGCUACAAUUACGGCGCUGGGGGGAGUGGCGGCUAUGAUGGCGGCUAUAACAAUGGAGGAUAUAGCGGCGGCGGCUACAGUCGAGGCAGUUACGGUAGCAGCGGCGGUGGCGAGCAGAUAGUAAAGAUCAUCAAAGUAAUUUUACCCAGUCAGAAUGAAGGCGUAUCAUCCAAUUAUGCCAGCGGCUACUCUAGUGGCUACGCCAACGGUGGUUGGACACCAAUACCGGCGCCGGUAGCUGUUUCCACACCAGCACAAGUGGCGGUGGCGCCAGUGCGCACAAUAAUUCAAUCCGCUCCAGCUCCUCCACCCGUACAAGUGCCCAUACAAACCGCCUAUGUUUCAGCGCCUGCACCACAACCUAUUCAAUAUGCGAGUCAACAAUCUUACCAGUAUAGAGAGUCCGCCGCAGCGCCCGUCGCCGUUCAGGUGCAAUCGCCUCCCUCAAUCAAUUUGCCUGCACCCGAACCUGCGUCUCAAAUUUCAGUUAAUCUACAGCCUCCAGCCGUGCAAGCGUCCACUUCUUAUGUGACUACACAGGCGGUUGCGCCGGUGCGUACGGUGGUGCAGGCACCGCAAGCUCCCGUUCAAACCACAUAUUAUUCAGCGCCUGCGCCACAACCCGUUCCACAGCUCAUUCCCCAAAUUAUUUCAUCACCUGGACCUGCUACUGGACAAAAUACGCAAGUGGUGAAAACCAUUAAGUUAAUCGUCGACGAGGAUGACGGCAGCCAAGGCGGUUUCAAUGGCGUCCCCGCACAAUCUUAUGGCCCACCACCGCCACCUUCAAAUGUCGGCGCUUGGGGAAGCAGCAGCAGUUCUUCGGGUGGUUGGAACAAUGGUUGGAAUAAUGGAUAUAAAAGUGGUGGCAUCUGGGAAAAGAUUGGUUGUUAA